AUGGAUACCCGAUUUUCUUUAAGGUACCCGCUGCUGCUGUUCUGUAUGCUCACUGCCCUGUCACCGACUUUGGGCCCCGUGACCGCGGGGAAGAGUUGCACCGAGACGCGGCAGGUGUACGCGGAAAAAGGCUACAGUACAAGCAGCGCUCCGGUGACUCAAAUCUCGGGUGAGCACCUGCGACUGUGCCCUCAGGACUACACCUGCUGCUCCAGUCAAAUGGAGGAGACGUUGGCCUUGCAGAGUGAGAGGGAUUUCCUCAAAGCCAUCGAAGACACCAGCCAGUUCCUAUUAACUACCUUUACCCAGAGACAUCGCAAGUUUGAUGAGUUUUCCAGGGAACUCAUAGACCUGUCAGAGAAGUCUAUGAAUCAGAUGUUUACCAAGACCUACGGCCGGCUAUUCACCCAGAAUGCACAUGUCUUCCAGGAGCUAUUUGUGGAACUUCGCAGAUAUUAUUCUGGUGGCAGUGUAAGUCUGGCAGAGGUUCUGUCUGAGUUCUGGGCCAGACUUGUGGAGCGGGUCUUCUCUCUGGUCAACCCCCAGUAUCAGUUCAGCGAGGACUACCUGGAGUGUGUCAGCAAACACGCUGAGCAGCUGCAGCCAUUUGGGGAUGUGCCUCGCAAACUGCGUGUACAAGUGAUGAGGGCUUUUGUUGCGGCCAGAGCACUGGCUCAGGGCUUGGCCUCAGGUCGGGACAUUGUAAACAAAGCAACAAAGCUGAGUGCAGGUUCUGAGUGUGUUCGUGCCCUGAUACGUCAGUGGUACUGCCCCCUGUGUCGAGGCAUGCCCUCUCUGCGCCCCUGUCACUCUCUGUGCCUUAAUGUGAUGAAGGGCUGUCUAGCCAAUCAGGCUGACCUGGACACAGAAUGGAACAACUUCAUCGAUGCUCUGUACCAGUUGUCAGAGAAGUUGGAGGGACCGUUCAACAUGGAGCUGGCAGCAGACUCCAUUUCUGUCAAGGUGUCGGAGGCCAUCAUGCACAUGCAGGAGAAUAGCGUCACCAUCUCCACCAAGGUGUUUCAAGGCUGUGGGAACCCCAGGCCUGCCCCAGGACGCUCUAAACGUUCACCCAAAGAGUCAAGCAGCAACAGGAGGCCUUUCCGUACAUACAGUCCUGAGGAGAAACCUACUACUGCUGCAGGCACCAACCUGGAUCGACUGGUUACUGAGCUGAAGGAGCGACUGCGGCCCAUGCGAGGCUUCUGGGUGUCCCUCCCACACACCAUCUGCAACGACGAAAAGAUGGCUGCCGACGUCAGCAACCAAGACCGCUGCUGGAAUGGGCAGAACCGGGGGAGGUACCUCCCAGAUGUGACUGGUGAUGGGCUGGUCAGCCAGAUCAACAACCCUGAGGUGGAGGUGGAUAUCGCCCGGCCAGAUGUGAGGACCAGACAGCUGAUCAUGGAACUCAGGGUGGCCACCAACAAACUCAGACAUGCUCAGACUGGACAGGACACAGACUUCAUAGACAGUGAGGAGGGCAGUGGUUCUGGGGGAGGAGACCAGGGUGAGAGGUACAGUGAUGAUUGGCCAGGCUAUGGGCCUUACUCACCACCCUACAACAAAUCACCUCGUAACCCCGCCUCCAGUCCCGUAAAACCCCCGCGUGUGCGAGAAAGAAAUGGCUCAAAAUGGAACCGGAACAACGGCCACGGACGGGCCACAUCUAAAUCCAGCCGGCUGUCAUGGUCACUGAGUCCCAUAUUGUCUUUGUUUGUCAUGGUCACUGUUGCCCCCAUGUGGAGAUAG